AUGAUUCGAAGCUUCACGGGAGGACUGAAUGCUUUGUAGGUUUAAUUGAAAAUGACAUUUUGUAAUUUUUUUGGUUUGGGCGGGGUGAAUUUUUUUUGAGGGGUGGAUGUUUUUUUUAUUUUUGCUAUUUUGGUUGAAGGUAGGGUAGAGAAGAUUAUAUUAGGGCAGGGUAUGGUAUAAUAGAAUAGGGCAGGUCAGGCUGGGCACGGCAAAACGGGUCAGAGUAGGGCAGGCCUCGGCACGGCAAUAUGGGUCAGGGUAUCGUACCUUUUCCCAAGAUACAGUAGGUUGGAAAAGGUUCUGUAAGGUAUUCUACAGUUGUGUAGGGCAUGCAUUUUAAGGCAGGGAUAGGCUUGACUUGACGAAUGGGCCGACUUGGACCUAAAUUUAGACCGGGCUAGUGCAAAUCAAGGCGCGGCCUGUUUGCAUGUAAAAAAAUUCUGGUCCGGCCUGAAAAAUGGGCUCGGCUUGUUUGUUAUGUCUAGGUUAGCCAAGGUAGGAUAGUGUAAGUAGUUUGGGAAAAGGAAGGGUAGGGUAGGGCAAGGUAUUGUACAUAGAGUAGGGUAAGGCAGGGCAGGAUAUGAUAUUGCAAAGCAGAGUAGGGUAGGGUAACAUCACAACUGUGUUUUUUCUUUUGAGUAACAAGUCUUUAGUAGGUGUAAAAACUAAAAACUGUACACUGCAAUUACUAUUGUUACGAUGUACAAUUUUUGUUUUUACAUUUUUCGAAAAUGUAAUUGGCAAUCUCUGGCUUUUACCUAGCUUUACAUCUCAACAAUUGCUUUUUCUAUCGUUAUUUUUGGCAUAACUUUGUUAUUUCUAUAGUGCUAUAUCAGGUUUGCUACUGCUUUUUGUCUAUAUACUUGGUUAUUGUACUAUUUAGUAUUUGACUUUCGUGCUAUAUGGUACUGGUCUAUCAUACUACAUAGUACUUUGAUAUUAUAUUGUAUAGGAUUUGAAGGUUGUGCUAUAUAGUACUUGGAUAUUGUCUUAUAUAUCAUAGUACUGUGCUAUUGAAAUAUAUAGUACUUGACAUUCGUACUAUCUAGUACUGGUCUAUCAUACUAAAUAGUACUUGACUAUUGUAGAAUAUAGUACUUGCCAAUGAUACUAUAUAGUACCUAUAUACAUGCAUACUUUUAAUACUAAAUUGGUUGCUCUAGUACGUGUUGUAUCUACUUAUGUAUAGACGAUUAUCGAUAUUUAUGUUGAUGUAAGCCUAUCUAUUCGAACUAAAAAUGGUAAAAUUUAGUUGUUUUGGAUUGUUUUCGAAAAUGAGCGAAACUGACUUGGAACGAGGACCUGACAAGAUCGAAGGCGAUGAGCUGGUUUGUGUUCAGGCGGUAGGUAAAAUACGAUGCAUAUAUUCAUGUCAAACAAUUGAAAAAUUAAAAUUUUUAAAAUUAAAUUUAAAAGUUAUUUUAAGUAAAGCUUUUCUUGCAAUAUUAUGACUUGUAGGUAUGGAGACACGGGCAAAGAGCUCCGGUUGGCACAUUCAAAGGAGAUCUGUAUCCAGAAAGUUAUUGGAGACGAGGCUAUGGUGAACUCACUGAGGUAAUUAUAAUAUCAUUUUUUUGUUAUAUAAUAGAACUCCUAUAUAACGAAAAUUUUAUAUAACAAACAACUUUUAAAUGUCUAGCUAUUAGAUUUACAAAAGGGUUUGGCUUAAGUAUUUGGUUUGUACCAUGGGCUGGGCUAUGGUUUAGACCCCAGCCCUCGGGCCCCACCCCCUGUGCCAAAUUGCUUUAGCUUGGCUUGGGGUUGAAGCGGGACAGGGCGUAGAGGGCUUUUUUUUAGUCUACUACAAGCUAUUUUGAGCUAAGAGGGUUUCAAAAAGUUUUGUCGUCAUUUUCUGUUGCAUUGCAUAUAAGAAAGCGACAAGACUUUUUUUUUGCAGUUUGAUGUUAUACUAGGUCUUAGAUGGGGCUUUGAUAGCAGAAACGUUGCUAGAGAAAUUUUUAUUUUUUUUCGCUCUUCCCCCCCCAUUAGAAAAAAUGUGUAGCAACAUCCUUGCUGCAUGCUAGGUUAAUACUUGCAAUUUUAAAUUGAUGUUCUCAUGUAUUCAAUGAUAAGAAAAAUAAAUUUUCUUGUUUCAGAAAGGCGUUCGACAACAUUAUGAGCUUGGCAAAUGGGUAAAAUCACGUUACAUCGACUAUCUCAAGUUUCUACCAGCAAAAUACGACCCAAAAACGGUAAUCAUUCAAAAUAUUUUUUUAUUUUUUGUAAAAUACGCUUACCUGUACUGUGUUUCAAAUAUUAUGGUUGCAGAUCUGGGUAUGAAGGGGUACAUUUUUAUUCUUUUAGGUUACUGUAUGGCGGAUUUUGUUAAAAGAGGAAAUGAAAAGGUGUGAAGUGGUAGGGCAGGGUAGGGUAGGGUAAGAUAACGCAGAAUAUGAUGGUAUAGGUUAGGGCGGGGUACUGUAAGAUUUUUUAAAACUUUAAGUUGGUCAUAAUAUUGUAAGCGUGUUUUGAAUACUGUAGGUUCAGGUAAGUACUGUGGGGCUGGUAGGAUACUUUUAGGGUAAGGUAGGGUAAGGUAAGAUAAGGUAGGAUAGGGUAGGGUAGGGUGGGGUGGGGUAGGGUAGGGUAGGGUAGGGUAGGGUAGGAUAGGAUAGGAUAGGAUAGGGUAGGGUAGGGUAGGGUAGGGUAGGGUAGGGUAGGGUAGGGUAGGGUAGGGUAGGGUAGGGUAGGGUAGGGUAGGGUAGGGUAGGGUAGGGUAGGGUAGGGUAGGGUAGGGUAGGGUAGGAUAGGAUAGGGUAGCGUAGGGUAGGAUAGAAUAAUGUACGAUAGGAUAUACUAGGGUAAUGUACAGUAGAAUCAAAGUGUCUAAAACAAUAUAUCUCUCCUUCAGAUCUUCCUCAGGUGCAGUGUAGUACACCGAACGAUUGAAAGUGCUCAAGAGAAUUUGCGCUCACUCUACGAACAUGAUCCCAACUACAAAAUGCCUCAGGUCAACACGUUCAAGGACAAAGACUGUGUGCACCUACCCUUCAGAUGUUGUGUUAAGGCGAGGGAAGAGAUCAUCAAAUGUGGCAAUGGGGAACCAAUGAGGCUUUACGAGGAGAAGUAUAAGGUAAAAUACGGUGUUUACAUUGUAUAUCGAAUAUAUAAAAACUAUUUUUUUUGAAGUUUUAAAAUUUUCGAAAAAAUUAAAUUUUAGGUAACCAAAAAUUUUUUUUGAAAAUUAAAUUUUUUUUUAAAUUGAAAAAACAGCUCAAUAUGUAUAAGGUCAAAAAUGUUAUUUUUAUAAUUUUUUUCAGGACGUAUUAGAUAAAAUGGCAUCGGUAACAGACCGUCAGUUCACGACAUUUGUUGAUGCUCUCUUCUUGACAGACCCUUUUACUACUGAAGUGAGUUACUAUAAGACUUUUUUUUGCUUUUUUAAAAUAAAAAUGGGAUUUUUGGGUAGGGUAGAGUUAGUAGUAAAGGGUUUUUGAUGAAACUAAAUUUUUUGAAGUUGCUGCCAUUUUUUAAUAGAUUUCUUUUGAAAAACUUGAAAAUUAAGCUGCGAUUUUAAAGUAGAAGGUAAAGAAGACUGUAAUCAUGAAGUGAAAAGUCUUUUUUUCAAGUUAUUGUAACAUAAAAUGAUGUUUUUUUUUUGAAAUUUGUUUUGAUUUCUUUUCCAAUAUUUUAAUGUAUUUGCCAUUUUUUAAUAGAUUCUUUGUGAAAAACUAUAAAAUUUAAUUUCUUUUGUAAUGCAGAAUAUAAAGAAAACUAUAAUCAUGAAGUAAAAAGUCUUUUUUUUUCAAGUUAUUAUUACCUAAAAUGACGUUUUUCGUAAAUUGUUUCGCGAUUUUUUAUCAAAAUUUUUAAGUUUUUUUAUAGACUUUUCAUAAAAAGCUUAAAAUUUAACAUUUUUUGUAAUGUAGAAGAUAAAAAAGAUUAUAAUGAUGAUGUGAAAAGUUGUUUUUUAAAGUUAUUAUUACCUAAAAUGACUUUUUUUUCUAAUUUUUCAAAAAUUUUUUAUCAAUUUUUUUGAAGUUUUUGCCAUUUUUUGAUAGAUUUUUUGCGAAAAACCUAAAAAUUGAGCAUAUUUUGUGAAGCAAAAGCUACAAAAGACUAUAGUUUUGAAGAGAAAUGUUAAUUUUUCAACUCAUUAUUACCUAAAUGAUGUUUUAGAAGCAUUUGGGCCUUGAACUUCCGAGGGAAUUCGAUGAGAUUUUCGAAGAAAUCGACGCGGCUCACAGAGACAGUUUGAGGAAUUUGUAUGGGUAUGGUAAGUAUUAUCAAUUAGCCUUUGAUUUUUUUCGAUUUUAAAAUAAAAAAUUUUUUUAAAACUUUUUUUUUAAUUUUUGGAUAUUUUAAAUUUUUUUUGUGAAAAAGUCCUUUUUUUGCCAUUUUUUAGGGUUUUUCGAAAAUUGUAGAAUGACUAAUAUAGAUUACGGUAGAAAAUGAAGAAUUAAAGGCUGCUGUUAAUAAAAAUGUCAUUUUUAGUUGGUCACACUCCAGAAUCUUCAGUAAGGAUCAGGAAAGCGAUGGCUAGUGGACUGGUCGAACAAAUGAGCAAAAAUAUCAAAAAUAAAAUCCUAAAUGCACCAGAAGCCAAGGAUAUCAAGUACUUUGUUUUUUCGGCGGUGAGUUGGAUUUUUAUACUCUUCUCAUACUAUGACUACUACCUACCCCUACCCCUACCCCUACCCCUACCCCUACCCCUACCCCUACCCCUACCCCUACCCCUACCCCUACCCCCUACCCCUACCCCUACCCCUACCCCUACCCCUACCCCCUACCCCUACCCCUACCCCUACCCCUACCCCUACCCCUACCCCUACCCCUACCCCUACCCCUACCCCUACCCCUACCCCUACCCCUACCCCCUACCCCUACCCCUACCCCUACCCCCUACCCCUACCCCUACCCCUACCCCUACCCCUACCCCUACCCCUACCCCUACCCCCUACCCCUACCCCUACCCCUACCCCUACCCCCUACCCCUACCCCUACCCCUACCCCUACCCCUACCCCUACCCCUACCCCUACCCCUACCCCUACCCCUACCCCUACCCCUACCUCUACCCCUACCCCUACCCCUACCCCUACCCCUACCCCUAACCCUACCCCUAACCCUACCCCUACCCCUACCCCUACACCUACCCCUACCCCUAUUCCUACUACUCCUACCCCUACGUCUACCCCUACCCAUACUCUAACAUACCCUACCGUUUAUUUUAUUCUAUUCUACCCAACGUUACUCUACCCUAACCUACCUUACACUACCCUGCCUUAAUCUACCCUUUACCUUCAUCCCUCUCUCCCCGGAAAAAAUAAGUAGCGGUGUCACUGCUCUUGUCCUUACCCUCGUUUCUAGUUUGCCUUAUUUUACUUUUUUCUUACUGUACCUUUACUGUAGUCUUACUUCUACCCAACUCAAAUCUUGCAUUAAACUUAUCUUACAAUAUCUUAUUCAUACCUUAUCUUUGUCGUGGCAAACUUUCAUUUUGUUUUAAAUAAUUGUUUGUUUUUAGCACGACACUGUAGUCCUAGCCUUGUUGGCAACCUUUGAAUUUGACAAAUUGGAUUACAAUCAAAACUUUAACGUAUCAUUGGGAGCAGCUGUGUUCAUGGAGCUGUGGAAGAAGCCAAAUGGGCAGUAUUAUGUCAAGGUAAAAUUUGAAAUGAUUUUUAAUUUUACCUUUACCUCUACCUUUGUUAUACCUACCUUUAUAUCUACUCAUGUUAUCUCUACCCUAUCCGUUGUUACAUACCUCCCGUUAUUGAUGUUAUUGUAGGUGCUGUACCGCCGAAACGCCAACGAGGUCUACGACAUGACGGCCGACAUUAGCGGCUGCAAGCAAUACAAAAAUGGCAUUCCGUUGGACGUGUUCUUCGAGCGAUGGCAAAAGUUUUAUCAACCUCACGGACCGGACUGCCAAAAGGUCGAUCUCCAUGUUAGACUGUAG